AUGUCAGCUACUCAAGUGCAAGUUCAAUCUCUCAAGAGAUCCAGAUCGAGCUAUGAGCCAAACUCGGAGUUGAAAUCGGAAGUCUCCGCGAAAAAGACCAAAUCUGAGCCAAAGAGAGUCAAUAAGAGCAGCACUGCUAAACCGCAAAGUCGAAAGCUGAAAGACAAACAGACAAUUACACCACCAGAGACGCCACCAGUGAAGCCUGAGGUCAUUGAAAGCGAAGUUGUUUCCGAAAUCCAUUUCAGCGCUAGUCAUCAAUCGAUAUUAUCCAUUACCCAUUUCAAAGAACCACUCAAGAUUCAAACCGAGUACCCCAUCCCUGAGUUGGGUCCCCAUGAAGUCCUCGUGCACAACAAAGCCAUAGGCUUAAACCCCAUAGAUUGGAAAGGUAAAAAGUUCGGAUUCGGCAUCUACCAUUUCCCCUGGAUCAAUGGCCGCGAAUCGAGCGGUAAAGUCGUUAAGUUAGGCACCAAAGUCUCGGGUUUCCAAAUCGGCGAUAAAGUAGUAGUGAGCUCGACUAGCUACAGAGAUAAUCGCACUUCGACUUUUCAACAAUACACGGCGAUUGACUCUCGCUUGGUGUGGAGAUUACCACAAUCAUUCACGUAUGAAGACGGGGCUACCAUCGGCGUGGGACUCGUUACCGCUGGCAUCUUAUUCUACAACUCAUUUGGAUUCAAGUUGGAGAAAGAACCCCCCCAGCAAAAGGGAACAAUCUUGAUUUGGGGCGGGGCCACGAUAGUCGGGAUCUACCUUGCGCAAUUGGCCAAGUUGUACGGGUUGAAAGUCGUGAGUGUGGCAAGCACGAAACACGAGCUGUACUUGAGAGAAAUUGGAGUCGACGUGUUGGUGGACCGGUACUUGAGCGACGACGAAAUCGAACAGCAAGUAGCCGCGGCUCUGCCUGAGGGAAUAGCAUACGGGAUCGACUGUGUUUCGAAGGAGACAUCGCUCAAAGUCAUCAAUCUACUUGAUAAGAACCACAAAAAUUUAAAGAGCGAAGCAGAUAAGCUCAGAAAGCCGCUCUUUGCUGGCAUAGUGGGCGUGCCUAAGGAGUACCCCGAGCUGGUUGAGCCUCGCGAAGUGGUAAUCAAGCGCUUCCAUGAAGACCUCGAGUUUGGCGCGAAAUUUAUAGAAACCACCACUUCUUUCUUGGAUCAACAGUUGAUACGGCCUGCGAGAUACAAGCAGUAUAAAGGCGGAUUGGAAAUCAUCGAUGAUGCAUUGAAGGAUUUGGAGAAAAUCGGAGGCAAUGGUGAGAAAUAUGUAGUUAGCGUUUAG